GCGGGAAGCGGUGUGAACGUUUCCCGCCAUAACAGUUCCAAGCAGUCGGUUUUGCCGCGCGUGGCGGCGGAUGCCUCAUUCUAUUUAUAUUUUCAUUGCCUGACUUCUUUGAGUGGGCCGAUAAUGUUCCAGAAUGCUCUCUUUAUAUACUGGUUUCAUUCAUAAAAGGAUAGUGAAAAUGAGUCAAACAAGUGGAAUCCAGCAGUACAUGCUGUGAAGAGUUUCAUAAGGGGACAGAGAGGGGGUCGGAUAGGCCAAAAUUUUCUGUUAGGAAAGGUAAUGAAACAGCGCGCGCUACGAUGAUGGUAUAGUAUACAGUGAGUGGGAAAGAGAGACAGUGAUUCGAAGGGGAAGGAAAAUUUGCAUAUGGAAAAAGAGCGCGCAAUUCUCCGGCUAGUCCACGACUUUUCAUUUCAAUCAAAUCGCAUUCACAAGUCUCUAUAGGUGUGAUCGAAUUACUUGUGAAUUACGAUGGCGGAAACGUGUUGGUACAACAGGCAAGAAAUAAUAAAUAUGUACAAUGAUGUUUGCAGUAAGAGGAUAAAGUUAGAUGAUGGUUGUAACAAUAAUGUAAAUGGUACAGAAGAAAGAGAGAAUGAGAAAUGGUCAUGCUCUGGUGAUACAAGUUUAGUUGAGCCGGAAAUAUUGGAAGACAUGGGAGUUGGUAUGUUAGCUGAUGGAGAAGGUAGUCAUGAAAGUUUACAAAAUUUAAAAACACAAGAAUGUACCAUAUCACCAAAAAAUUUUGAAGCUGAAAUGCGUGCUAAACAUUCUGAUUCAACUUACCAAUCACAGAAAACAUUCAGGACAGCAAGUUUUGAAUCGACCAACCCAGAUAGAUUGGAUCCUUUUGAGAGUGAUAAUGCUGUUAGCUUUUCCACAAUCAACAAUGAAUCAGGCUAUUCAUCAAGGGUAGAACAUGAAAAUUUUGUUGAAGGAAAAGACAACUUUUCUAAAGAGGAUUCAAAUGAUGCUUCAGAUAAAUCAAACACAGAUUCAUUUUAUUUAUUUAGAAGAAAGAAAAAAUCGUCAAUAACAGGAGAAGAUAAAUUUAAUAAGCUAUCAGAUGAGAUGAUUUUGAUGAUCAUGAAAUGGCUUCCAAAAAAAUGCUUAGUCAGAUCUAUGUCAGUCUGCAAAAGAUGGCACAGAAUAGCUUGUGAUGAAGCUUUAUGGACUAGACUAGAUCUUGGAAGUAAAGUUUUGAAUGAAGGUACUUUGGGACAUAUACUUCCAAGAGGAAUUCAAAUUUUGAGAUUAGCUCAAGCUGAGAUUGCACAUCCAGCGUUUCUUCCAAAUAGUGAUAUAUAUUCUGAGGAUUACACAUGUAAACUUCAACAUUUAGAUCUCUCUAUGGCAGUUGUUACUAGUAAUGAUUUAGCUGAUAUAUUAAUUAAAUGUAAAUAUUUGAAAAAACUGUCUUUAGAAAAGUGUACUUUAAAUGUCACUAGUUGUAAAGCCAUAAGUAAAAACAAAGACUUAGAAAUUUUGAAUUUGACAAUGUGUGAGGGUAUGAACAUUGAUUGUGUAACAGAUAUUGUACAGUUGAAAAGAUUAACAGCGCUGAACAUGGCAUGGUGUGGAUUAGAUGCAGAUUCUAUGGCUUAUUUGUGUAAACAUUUACCUUCCUCAAUCACUAGAUUAAAUAUUGCUGGUUGUCGAAAAACAUUGACAGAUGAAAAUGUCGCAGAUUUGAUCAAAUCUUGCCCUCAUAUUAUAGAAUUAGACUUGAGUGAUUGUACAAUGCUGACUAUUAUCACAGUUCAAAGUUUAAUGAACCUGAGUCAACUGGAGCACUUGUCGCUUAGUCGUUGUUACAGUAUUCCCACAGCUAUGCUCCUUAGAUUAGCAUUAAUGCCACAACUAAGGUACUUAGAUAUAUUUGGACUGAUAUCAGAUGAGGUACUCAAGACUUUUCAAGUAAAAUAUAACAAUUUGGAAGUCAACAAGUGUUUAUACAGCUCUAUGGCUAGACCUACUGUUGGAGUCCGCAGAACUAGUAUUUGGGGGCUUCGAGUGAGAGAUUAAAAUACUAUUUUUAUAUGUAAAGUCAUUGUUGCCAAACUUCAAGAACAAACCAAUGAUAUAUUUUAUAACUUAGACUGGGACUACAUAUUUAUCUUAAUACAAAUGAUAAAAAACAUCAAUACUCACAUGAUUUGAUUAAAAUUAUAAAUGUCAGGAAGUGUUUAUUGGGAUAAAUUUUCACAGAUUUAUAAGAUUGUUGGAAUAUAUUUAUAUGAUAAAAUAAUUAGUUGAAAAUUCUUUGAAUUCACAAAUUAUCGCUUGAUACAUUUCAAUGGAAUUGGUUACUAACAUUUGUUUUCGGUCAUAUUAAAUUGUCAUUGGAAUUCCAAUAAAAAGUUAAGUUUGAAUUUUGUUUUAAGAAAUAAUACAAUCACUUAUUAUGUCUAAAAAGUUAGGCUAAUUUAUCAUAAUUAUAAUAUUUAGCAUUUUGUACAUAAAUAAACUUGUCAAUCAAUGUUGAUGAAAGAAAAAAGCACUAUGCUUAAUUUUUUCAAGGCUGUGUGUUGAGAAAAUGUGUUUCACCGCAAAAUAUUUUUCGUGAUAUAUGUACGCUAUUCUUUAUUGAAAAAAAGGGGAAACAAUUGGAGUAAAUACAAUAAUUAUCGAUUAAGAUAGAAUUAUGAAAAGUUGUAUAGAAAAAAACAUUGCAUAAAAAACAGCUAAUCAAAUGUACCUUUACCUAAAUAUUCAGAUUGUUUGCGAUUAAAGCGAACCAAUAUUUUUUUUAUAAUUACUUUAGUUAGAUAACUAGAAACAAAUAUUAUCGUAUUUAACAAAACCAAGCGACAUUUUGUAAUUUUAUUAUUGUUUAUGAUUGCAAUGAAUAAACAA